AUGAACGUCUACGUGCAGGGGCUGGGCAUCACGGUGAAAGGGGAUCGCAAGCUGCUGAAUGAUGUGAGCUGCACCGUGCAGUCUGGGGACAUGGUGGCGUUGAUGGGCCCUUCAGGCGCGGGCAAGACCACCUUGCUCAACAGCAUCGUGGGCCGGCCCACCACUGGGCAGGUGGACGGGGGCAUCCAGUACAACGGCAAGCCCAUCGACAAGGUGCGCAGCAGCGUGGGCUACGUGACCCAGGACGACAUCAUGUACGAGACGCUGACCGUCCGCGAGAACCUCAGCUUCGCGGCCGCCUUCAUCCUGCCAGCCCAGUCCAAGGCCGAGCGGGCCAAGGCGGUGGAGGAGGUGAUCCAAAAGCUGAGCCUCAAGAAGUGCUCCGAGACCGUGGUGGGCUCCCCGGGCCUGGUGCGCGGCAUCUCCGGCGGGGAGCGGAAGCGCACCAACGUGGCGCUCUCCUUGCUGGGGAAGCCCUCCCUGCUGCUGCUGGACGAGCCCACCAGCGGCCUUGACUCCAAGAUGUCGGACUCUUUGAUGCGGGACGUGAAGAUGAUCGCAGAGCAAGGCUGCACGGUGGUGGCCACCAUCCACCAACCCUCCGAGGCGGUGUUCCUACGCUUCGACAAGGUGUUGCUGCUGGAGACGGGGCGGGUGGCGUACUACGGGCCCGUGAAGGAGCUCCGCUCCUCGCUGCAGGGCCUGGGCUUCCCGUGCCCCGAGGGCACCCCGCUGCCGGAGCUGCUGCUGGACGUCUUGGAGCAGCCCAAGGAGAAUGAGGACGCGGACGCCGCAGCCAAGGCGCUGGCCGGGCUGCGGAAGAUGUCGGACACCUCGGCGCCCGAGCUCACAGAAAUCAGCCCGGCGCAUUUGCAGAUGACGCCGAGGCGCGCAGGGUUUUGCGGCCAGCUGGCAACCCUGUUACACCGGGAGCUGGUGAACGUGAAGCGCAACAAGAUGCUCACAGUGGUGCGGUCUAUGCAGACUAUUGCCGCUUCCUUCCUCAUUGGUCUCAUCUUCCUGCAGUUGGACAACAACUUGGCGGGGAUCCAGACGCGCUUCUUCUCCAGCUUCCUCUUGGUCUUCUCCCAGGUCAUGUUUUCGCUGCUGGGGGUGAUCAACACCUUCCCCGCCGAGCGCGCGGUGUUUCUGCGGGAGACCCAGGACAAGUUGUACCACCCGGCCGCCUUCUACUUCUCCAAGGUGGCCGUGGAUACUGUGAUGCAGUGCGCGUUCCCCUUGCUGGUCCUGGCAAUCGCCUACCCCCUCAUCGGAUUGAAUGCCGAGAGCGCGGAGCGAGUGCUUCUCUUCUAUGUAGUCUUGGCUGUGUGCAGCAACUGCGGCUCUGCCAUGGGCUUCACGGUCUCGGCGGCCACGAGUAGCGUGAACGUGGGUUUGUCCAUCGCCCCGGGCCUGGUGAUGCCUCAGAUGCUCUUGUCCGGGGUCUUCAUGAAGACGGAGGACUUGCCGCAGCCCUUCGGGUGGCUGAGCUACCUGAUGCUGGCGCGCUACGCGGUGCAGGCCACCGUGGCCAACGAGUUCGCCUGCACGGAGAAGCCGAGCUGCGACGCCAGCUGGCGCCUGCAGCCGGAAUCGCAGUGCGACAACUCGCCCUGCGACUUCUGCUGCACCACCCACGAGAUCGCGGCAUCCGGGGGGAUUUGCCCAGUCUUGACCUGCGAGGACGCGGUGAGGUCUUUGAACAUGGACACGGUUUGGCCUUCGGGGGAGACCAGCGAGGAGACCAUCCUCUACAACAUCCUGGCGCUUCUGGUGCUGCUGGUUCUCUUCCGGCUGCAGGGCUUGAACGCUUUGAUGAUGAGCUACCGCCGCGCUACCACUGGCAGAUGCUUGCCCUUCCGCUGCCCCAAUCGACGUCGUCAGGUGGAGGUCCUGAACCUGUGCCAGCCAGUUCAGAAGAAGUACCGUGUGGCGGUGAACGUAGCGCUUGGGGGCUACUUGGAUGCCGUGGUCACCGAUACGGUACAGAGCGCCCGGCAGUGCGUGCAGCACCUGAAGGAUCGGAUGAUGGCGGCCUUGACCUUCCUGCCCUUGGACAAUCUCCGGGGCGCGCCGGAUGGCCGGCUGCUGGAGGAGCUCAGAGAACAGAAAGGCUUGCGGCCCGCACUGAGCUGCGUGAGCUUCGAGCCGCGCCUGGGCCGCGCCUUUGACUUCAUGCUGGCGGACGUGGUCAUCGCCGACACCUUAGAGGAGGGACGUCGCUUCGUCUUCCAGCGCCUGAGGCAGCGGGGCCUGAAGUGUAGGGUGGUGACGCUGAACGGGGAGACCAUCUCUCGGGACGGCAACCUGGCAGUGAGCUCCGAGGCGCGGAAGGGCGCCACGCGCUUCGACUUCUCGGAGCUCGAGGCCACGCAGAGCCGCCUGCAGGGCAUCGAGCGCCAGCUCAUGGCUUCGAAGCCCAGCGAGGAGGCAUGGCUGGCCGCAGAGGACGAGGCCAAGCGCGCGGAGCUGAAGGCUCAGGAGUCUCAGCUCCAGCUGCAGCGUGCGGAGAACGAGCUUGCCGUCCGGCAGAAGGAGCUUGCCGCAGCGGAGCAAAACGCGGCACAGCUGCCUCCAGAGGAUGAUCAGGAGGAGCAGAGUCUCAAGGAGCAGCUGGCCACCGUGGAGCAGCGCAUAGGCGCCUCGGGCGCGGAGCUCUUCGCGGCCCUGGACAGCGAGCUGGGCGCCAGCGCGCGGCAGCUGGAGCGGGAGGCGCGCCUGGCCCGCGAGGCCGCGCAGUUCCGAGAGGACGCGCUGGCGCGGGAGAUCGCCGGCUUCCAGGCGGAGCUGGCCAUGGUGGAGCAAAGCCUCCAGGAGAGGGAUGGAUCGAUCUAUCCGGCUGAGGCUUUGAUGGGAUGGGGUUUGGUUCAUGGAAAACGGCAGGAGCUUCUACAGGACUUUGGCCAAAUACCCACCAAAAGCAGGGAUGUCCCGUAG